AUGAAGUUCUUGGGCUGGUACCUGAAGAUCUUUGCCGUCUCGGCACUCUGCGGCGCUUCCAUGGAGCUGUUCAUGAUCCACACGGGCUUCUGUGUGAGAGCUCUCCUCAUCUUCUCCUCUUUUCUUCUCCUCUUAUGUCUUGGGGUUCGCUCGCCACACUUUCAUCCUCUGCUCGUCAGAUUUCUAGAUUUGUACCGGAUUCUACCGCAAAAAACUUUUCUCCCCUCUUCAGCAGCAACCUCUGGUUGGAUUUUCUGAUUCAUUUUGGGGGUUUCUUCGUAUGGUUUCCGAGAAUGAUUUUCUGUGGCGAAACACCAGUUUUCUUGCUUCCGCAUGCAUCUGUUAGACGAAAUAUUUGUAUUCAUUAAACCUGCGUUUGGAUGCUCCUUGCAGUCAACGCGCAGAAAUCAUAACGGAUGAAAACUUGCUGCAUGCGUUUAUUCAAUCAGAAUCGCCUUGGGUUUUGGAUUGGACAGCACUAAUACUCUCACCUCUGGUUAUAUCCUUCGCUUUCUGAUACGCCAUGGACGGCUAUUUUUAGGAGAUGGAUGGAAUGAAACUCGACACUGAGAUCAUUCGUCUCUAGGGUUUGUCUCCAACCUCUAGGGAUAACAGCUAGGAAAACCACCUGACAGUUUGGAUUGGAGCCUCAUAGUUUGAAGGUCCAGUGACCAUAUUUUCCAGUGAAGAAAUUUAAACCGUCAAGUCUCAGAUGCUCGAGCCCUUUCUGGAGGGAGCCAAUGAGGGUUCGUUUAACAUUCUUCACUUCUUUGUAGUCUUUUCCUCUAUUUUUUUCAAUUUUUUUCCACAAAAAAUAAAAAUCAGGGGCUUUCCCUUUCCUUCCAUCAUUUUAUAUGGUGCAACACUUUGAGAGUUCUUCUUUUGUGAUAUUCCCCUUUUGACCUUCCCCCCUAUUGUGGGCUCUAAUGUUGCAACUUUAAUUCUUAUAAUUUAUUUAUUUUUGACUGACCUGACCCUUUGUGAGGCAUAGGAUUUUUAUUUUCACACAAGAUAAUCUGGUAUUAACCCAAAUACUUGCCUUCUAUUUUUGAAAAAAUCUGCUAGAUUAAGUUUCCUAUGUUCUAUCAGUGAUGGGUUCUUUUUUAUUUGUCUCAUUGGCAUGAUUUGACCUGACAUCUUGAUGCAGCAAAAAUGUUGACUUUUUCUUAUGAUGAUUUGAGUGAGUUGGUACAGCCUAAGUUGCAUUAAGUUGAAAUUUCCUUGCCCUGAAUCCACAUAACGUAAAGAUUCAUCCCUCGAGUCUACAAGGGGUUGAUCUUGAAUCCACAUAAUCAAAAAUGGCUCCUUGAGUCUAUAGAGAUGAUAGAAUCCACUAGUAGAGAUAGAGAACCUCUAGAGAGGAAAGGAAUUCGAAAAUAGAUUAUUAAAAAUGAGAUUAUAUAGGUCAAAAAUUUAGUUACAAACAAAUCUAAAAAAUAAAAUAAAAUAAAAGGUAAAACUGUUAUGAUCUUAAAAAAAGAGAAAAAAUUAACUAAUUACGGAGAUCAAAAACGGGAAUUGAGAUUUAGGCACAUUUAAAAUGUCAUAAAAUCUCUUAUUGUGCUAUUUAAGGCUGAAUUUGUGUCAAAUCGAGUCUUCAUGCCUCUUGAGCUUCUGAUUCAUUUUAAUUAGACUGAAAUUAGGUUACAUCAUUUGUUCUAUCUGAGUUGAUCUUAAAACAAGAUUGAUUGUAUUACUGUUGAUGAUGAAAUUAAAUUGUGAGACAUUAUUAUGGUUCAAAAUAUUUAUUUUUGAUCACCUGGGUCAACAACUUUUCAUCCUUCAACUGGACCAUAUUUGAUCUCUAAUUCUAAAAUGUUACGAAGAAAACUUUAAUUUAUUUAUGUAAUCAAUAAACUUUGUUGGGUCCUUUUCGGGUGCUUGCUCUAUGUAAUUAAUUUUAAAAUAAUAUAUAAAUUUAUUUUUUGUGAUAAUGUCUCAUUGCUCGUGGUUGACUUCCUUUGAAUGAUUAGACGACAAGGUGACCGUACUGGAGGCCGAGAAACGAGCUUGGGAGGGUUCCCCAGAAGCGCAAGCUGCUCGAGAGGCUCUCAAUCCUUGGAGGCAUCGUGACUUUGAGACCAAAGAACCCUGA